AUGAAAUCAAGGGCUUUAGAGCUUUGUUCUCAGGCUUGCCAGAAUAUGGAAUUAGGAAUUUCUUUCUCAGAUUUGUGUAGACUUGCUGAAAUAUUAAAUCAGGAUUUUGGAGUUUCAUUCUCGA